GACCUUCGCGAGCAGGAUGAAACUCUGGGGCGUGUUGAACUGUGUUUUGUUUCUGCGGAGGGCUCAGAACGAGUGUGCCCGGUGGCCUUUCACCUGCAGUCUUGUGUUUCUGCUUGUCCCAGUCAUUGGGGGCUGGGCGAUCCUGGGUGCGGCCACGGCCCGGCUCCCUCUUACACCGUGUUCCCUCUCCUCCCAACAGGCAGGUGGGUGUGGACCCGAAUUAAUCCGGCAGGAGCCAAGCCCACUCCGAGGUCUGGCUUUUCGGUGGCGGUGACCCCGAAUCAUCAGACGCUGCUUUUCGGGGGUGUCUGUGACGAGGAAGAGGAGGAGAGCCUGGAGGGCGACUUCCUCAACGACCUGCACUUCUACGAUGCCGCCAGGAACCGCUGGUUUGCGGGGCAGCUGAAGGGACCUAAGUCAGAGAAGAAGAAACGUAGGAGGGGCAAAAAAGCGGAGCUCGAAGGUGCUGACAAGCAGGAGCACGGCCGGCCCGGCGCCCAGGAGCCCCUGGAGGUGGUCAGAGAGGUGGUCACAGAGGACGGGACCGUGGUCACCAUAAAACAGACGCUGGCUGCCCCGGGCUCGGCUGGCCAGCCCUGGUCCGACAAGGAGGACAGCCCCGACGAAGCUAGCGGCCCCGUGGUGGAGCCGAGCCCCCGCUCGAACGCCAUGCUGGCCGUGAAGCACGGGCGGCUCUACCUCUACGGGGGCAUGUUCGAGGCAGGUGACCGCCAGGUCACCCUCAACGACCUGUACUGCCUGGAUCUGCACAAGAUGCAGGAGUGGACGGCCUUGGUGGAGAUGGAUCCAGGUGAGCGGGGGUGGAG